AUGUUUAAAAUUUUUUUAAUUGAACUCACUAUAUAUCUAGUGAUAUUCUUUACAAUUUUAGAAGUUUAUUUCAAAACACCAAUAUUAAACAUAGAAGAACAUAAUGUAACUCGUCUGGGAAAAGCGCCGCUUGGAAAACGUGUUGUCUUAAUUGUCAUUGAUAAUCUAUCAGCAAAUGAAAUCUAUAAUGUCAGUAACGAUUCUUACUCUGAAGGAGUAAAUUUUAUCAAAAAUGUAAUUAAAACUAAUGGAACAUGGGGAACAAUAAAACCUACUCCCCAAAUCGACAAGUUUUCUGGCUAUCGAUCAAUAUUUUUUGGUGUCAAAGAGCAUCCGAGUCAUAAAAAAAAUUACUGGCGAUAUUUGUCAAGUAACAUUCAUUAUGAUUCAAUUGUAAAUUAUACAGAAUUCACUUAUUGUUUUGGAGACAAGCAAGAUGUUUUUAAUAUCUUAUCUUCCAAUAAAACAUAUACAGGAUCAAAGAAAAUUCCAAAAUGUAUAGAUUGUAUUGAUCGUGAUGAGUAUGUAGUCGAAAGAAUUAUGUAUAAAAUGAACCAUGGUUUUCAUAAUAAAAGCGAGCAGUUGCAACAAAAACUAAACGCAGAUAAAAUCUUAUUUUUUAUAUCAUUAGAUGGAAGUAAUUGCAUCGUUCAGAAAUAUGGUCCAUUUUCAAAUGUAUCUAAAUUAUAUUUGAGGUCCUUGGAUGAAUUACUGAUGAAUAUUGAAAGAUUUUUCAUAAAUUUUUAUAAAAAUGAUAAUCAAACAACGUUUAUCUUAACCAGCAAUCGUGGAUUGGAAACACAUUCAAAUAUAAGUGAUGUAGAUACACAAAUACCAUUCCUUGCAUGGGGUGCUGGAAUUAAGAAAUCAAACAUGCAUAUAUCAUUAAAUCAAACAGAUACACCACUGUUAAUCGCUAGUUUAUUGGAUAUUUCAAUUCCAAAGGAAUCUGUGGGUAGAGUACCAAUUGGUUGUUUAAAUGUAUCAGAUAAAGAAAUGGCUGAAAUAAGUUUUGCAAAUGCGAAACAUUUAUUAUCAUUGUUUCAUGAACAUGAAGAUAAAAAAUUACGAUACAUUUUAAAAUCUCAAGAACUUAUUAAUCAAAUAUAUUCAGGACUUGAAUAUGUUGAAAAUUAUUAUAAACCACUUGUACGUCUAAUGCUACUAUUAAUUUUAAUAUUCUGGAAUUUAUUAUUAUUAGAAUUCAUUGUAAAUACUAAUCGUGAACAAUCAUCACAUCGGUUAUUUGCAUUUUGUGAUCUGACACCGAUUUAUACAAAAUCGAAAUUGGAAUCCGAUUAUUUAGAAGUAUAUCGAUUUAUAACGAUAAUUGUAAUUUUAUUAAUGAUCAAUGUAUCCUUUGGAAUUGUAACUAAAACACCACCUAGAUACAUGGUAAUGUUUGCUCUGGUGCAAUUUCUAUUUGUGGCUGUAGUACUGAAAACGGUUGUAUGGUACAAAUAUAUCUAUAAAUAUUUUAAAAAAUCAUUUAACGAACAAUGGGUCUAUUUAAAAAAUGCCAUGAUUUAUUUCAUUUGCAUUCAAUUUUUGAUGGCCGAUUUGCAGCAUCGUAGUUUGUUUGCCAUCACCAGCACAGGUUUUUGUUUAUGGUUAAUAGGUGUCACUUAUACUUUCCCAUAUAACAUCACAUAUUUGCAUUGGAUAUUGAGUUGUUUUUUAUUAACAAUAUUUCCAAAUCUACCUCCAAUUUCAAGUCAUAUAGAUCACUAUUAUCAUCAGUUUCUGGUACUUGGAUUAAUUUUAUGGAUACUGGCAGCAUAUUUACGUUUCUUUGAGUGUGUUAUGACAAAUCGAUGGAAUGGAUUUAAAAUAAAAAAAGCAUAUGGGACAACUGUUCAACAAGCAGAUGGAACAACUGUACAGCCAACAUCGUCUGAACGAACAGAUAAUACAGUUGCACAUUUACAAAUGAUAAUUGUUGCAAUUAUUGCAGCAAUCAAAAUGUAUACUUAUUAUCAAAAAUCUGAUUGUUUUCCUUCAAUCACACUAGUCCCAGUGUUUGGAUGGAGUGUUACAGCUAUUAGUUUUUUACUAACCCUAAUAACAUCUUUAAAUAUUAAUUAUCGCCUCAUUUCGAUUUAUCAUACAUUAUUAGUUCCUGUUUUAAUAUCAUCGAUUGCUUACGAACAUAUAUUUUUUUUGGUAUUUAUUUACAAUUUAAUAUCUUGGAAUCAAAUGGAAAAACUUGAAAUACAAAACAAAUCCACAGAUACUGAAAUGAAGACUACAUUCCACACAAAAGAAGAUACUGUUACACAUCUUUACAGAAAAUCAAAAAAUUCUGUAUAUUUUAACGAUUUUCGACGUGUGCUUUUCAUGGUAUCCUUUUCAAAAAUAUAG